UCACUGCGACCCACUUUUUAAAGAAACCGCUGAGCUCGGAGACUCCACCUCCAACACGUCAUUCCCGUCAGGAUAUCGCGUUCAUGACCCGUCUCUUGGUUACAAUUAACCUAGUAAUCCACCCGUAGUAGAAACUCUAAACGUCCUUCAUCCUAAGCGUUUCGGUAAUUUCGCACCCCAGCCGCUCCGGACAUGGCUGCAUCCAGCGAGUGCAGGUACAAAUAUGAGGAAUGCAAAGAAACAGUAGACUGGCUGCUGGCUCAUACAAACAUCCAGCCAAAAGUAGCUAUUAUCUGUGGAUCAGGUCUUGGAGGCCUGUCUGAUCUGCUGAACAACAGGAUUGUGUUUCCUUAUAUGGAUAUCCCCAAUUUCCCACACAGUACAGUAGCAGGACAUGCAGGAGAGCUGGUGUUUGGGGAGCUGAACGGAAAGCAGUGUGUUUGCAUGAAAGGCCGCUUUCACUUCUAUGAGGGCUAUGACAUUGCCAUGGUCACAUUCCCAGUACGUGUCUUUUUCCUUCUUGGAGUCGAGACUUUGAUUGUAACGAAUGCUGCAGGAGGGUUAAACUCUAAUUAUAAGGUGGGAGAUAUUAUGAUGAUCAAGGAUCACAUCAAUAUUCCUGGCUUUGCAGGCCAGAAUCCUCUGUGUGGCCCAAAUGAUGAGAGGUUUGGCGUGCGAUUUCCCUGCAUGUCGGAUGCAUAUGAUAAAGACCUGGCUCAGCUAGCCAGGCAGACAGCUAAGGAUCUGGGCUUUGAUGAAUUCCUCCAACAGGGAGUCUACUGUAUGCUGGCUGGACCUACGUAUGAAACUGUAGCUGAGUGUAAAGUCCUCCAGUUACUGGGGGCAGAUGCUGUAGGCAUGAGCACGGUGCCAGAGGUUGUGGUGGCACGUCACUGUGGCCUGCGCGUCUUUGGCCUCUCCCUCAUCACCAACAAGGUGGUGUCCGACUACAACAGUGAGGAGCGUGCCAACCAUGAUGAGGUUCUUACAACCACAAACAUGCGUACUCAAGAUAUUCAGCGCUUGGUCAGUCAUCUUGUGAAAAAAAUAUAAAGUCAUGCUUCCUGGUCUACAGGCAAUACAAGCUCCCUAACAAUGAAGCUUACAUAACCAACAAAGUAUGUGUAAAAUGCUAUAAUGGAAUAAUUGCACUAAUAAGAGACUUAGAGAUUAUAGCAUUAACUGUAAAGAGUAAUUUAUAUUUUGCACUAGCAGUCUGACAUCUUAUAAUUUAAUCCCAGCAAUAUUAAGAUGAUUUAGACUGCUAUAUCUACCUAUCUACAGAUAACUAUAAAUAAUAUUUAUUACGGUACAUGAUUGACACACUUUUACUCUUCACUGUGAACCCUGUAGUCACUUAAAUACUUAAAUUACUGUUUGCAGUCUACACUGAAGAGUAAUAUCACAACCCACAGUAUCCUGGAAAGAUCAUCUAAUCGUGUGUGUGUGUGUGUGUGAGUGUGUGUGUGUGAGUGUGUGUGUGUGUGUCUGUGUGUGUG